AUGGGAGAAAAGAGAUUCAGAUUGAGAAACUCACCGAUUGCUUCGAUGGUAGACGUAAAGGACGAGGACGUUAUUGCAGACACAAACGAGAGCUCAAGUAGGGAGCCUAUAAGAUCUGCUGCAGCUGGGAAACUCCUCAAAUGUGAAUGGAAUGGGUGCCAUCUCGUGUUUUCAGACGCUAAUCUCUUAUAUCACCACCUAUGUGACGACCAUAUAGGACGCAAGUGCCAUAAAAAUCUAACUCUCCGGUGCCAUUGGGGGGACUGCCAAGUAUCCACAGUUAAACGAGACCACAUUACCUCUCAUGUCCGUGUCCAUGUACCUCUGAAACCGUACUCGUGUUUGCAUUGCACAAAGCGCUUCAAACGCCCGCAGGAUCUAAAGAAACAUUUGAAGACCCACAGUAAUGCCAGACUGAGACAUGUUCAUCAACAGUAUCUCAUCGACGAUAUAAACUUAGGAAAAUGUUCCGGAAUAAGAUUAGUCCCAGUGUCAACUUCUUCACUUCAGCACCGCCACUAUCCAUCGAGUCAACAGCGUAGCUUCUCUCCACAGUACCCACAGUAUUUACAACUAGACUCCCCAGAGUCGCAUGCCCAAGUGUUAGUACCACCACAUAUACCUUCACAGUUGCAAGUUCAAAUGGAUUUACAGUCACAACUACACCCCCCAGUACAAUCACAGCUGCAGCAUCAAGUACACCCUCAAAUACAACAUCAAAUACACACUCAACUGCAGCAACAACUACAAACUCAACUACACCCUCCUCUACAACCACAAAUACAGAUACAGCCAUAUUAUUCAUUGCAACAUAUACCCGUGUUUUACCAUCCCCCAGGACAACCUCCCGUGCAGCACAUCAACAACUUUCCAGCAUUAAUCCAGGAUAGAAUUGUGCAACAACACCAAUAUACACAAUUACAUACUUCGCAUAACCCGUAUGCAACACAUAUGUAA